AUGAAGACCUUUACUGCCAUUUCUCUUGUUGCUGCAGCUGGUGUUGUUACCGCCCAAUCUCUCUCUACUAAUUGCCAGAACGCUUUGAAAGGAGUCCUUGCUUCUCCGGAUGCCCUUUGCUUGAACCCCUCUGCUCUGUUAUCAUUCUUCGUGCCCAAUACCUCCGUUCCGGUGACGAUCAACAAAUGGCUCGACGGCCCAACCGGCCUUUGCGCUUCUGGCUUCUGCAGUAAUGAAACCCUGGCAGCAGUUGUUGCCAACGUCACAAACGGAUGUGCAAGCGACUUGGGGAGCGUAGGAGCUUCGUCAGCUACUGCCGCAUCUAUCACCCAAGUCGUUCAGCAAGUUUACCCCACGGUCCGUCAGAUCGCCUGUCUCAAGGACAAUGCCUCUAACCAACUCUGUGUCACGGAGACGCUGAAGAACCUGGAAGAUGUCGCAGGGACAUUGUCUCUCAAUGACCUCAACUUUGCGUCGCUUUUCACCACGGUCCAAAAAGUGAUUAUGGGCGCUGCCAACCUUGCUUGCACGAACUGCACCAAGGCAGCCUUUGCGCUUGCAAGCCAGAUUCAGAUUCCCGAAUUCUCUCGGGGGGUUGACGGUAUAGAUGCUUUGUGUGGCUCUGGAUUUGUUGAGAGUGGCCGCAACCUCCAGGCGGACGGAGUCAGCCAAACGGCAGUCAACGAGGCUUUCAAGAAACAGACUAACGACGCCAGAGCCUUCGCACCCAGCGCCGUUCUACUCUUCUUCUAUCUGUUCAACUUCAACAGCCCGUUCGAAAUCAAGCUCAACAUGGAGGGCUCGUGGUCGGUGAAGAUUGAGGGUAUGCGACGUCAGUUGGACACCACCGAAGACAACGAUCAAAAGCGGCUUGAAGAAGAGAUCGCAGCAUCGCGACUUGCCCGACAACGGCGAAGUCGUGGUCUCGGAGGAACAAAUAGUUUGGAUUUAACAAAGAGCAAUGAAUAUACCUCCGCAUUACGAAGCAUCGACACAACAACUGACGAUCGAAAGACGAGCACAGGGGAAGAGCGUCAGGACACUCUCAACAAACUAUCAGGCAUGCAGUCAUCGACCGCCACGACGACCACUCGACCAGAGCCAAUGUCGCUUGCAGCUUUCAUGGGUGGCAAAGCAACUGGUCCACGGCUCAACCGCCAUGCGCCUCAACAAGAUACUAGCGACCCCACCCAAUUCGUGCAACGCACACGGAUAGAUGCGCCCCAUCCUAUUUUCGGGCGAGGUGGAAUCGCAAUGCCGGGCCUGGUCACAAAACCUUCCCGAGUUGGGCGAACACCGGAGCCGGAGCCAGAAGUACGAAGUAGGAGGCAGAGCACUCCUUCCCCGGAAAAACCCGAGUCUACUCCAUCGACCAGUUUUCGUGAGCGAACUAUAAGCACACCAAAUGGCGCGAAAAACAUCCCCCCCGCCAUAGCAUCCAAACCUACCAUUGCUACCCCCACUUUCACACCCACAAAGUCUGCAACUACACCGUUGCCCUCAAAUUCACGGUCUCAAACACCACGCCAGUCAACCUCACCUUCCUCAGUAAAACCUGUCGUGGUCACACCCUCUCUUGCACGACCAGUUCAGCCUGAACCACGGUCAUCUCCUCAAGGGCCCCAAAUAUCUUCCUCUUCAACACCAUCUCAAGCAUUCAUGCGGGCCCCAGUCCAGAAAGACCUCACACCCAGUCUCAGCCGUCUCCAAGGCAGAGGAUUCGUGCAAAACAUGGUCAAAGUUAGUUCCCAAUUACAACAAACUCCUUCUCCGGCUCCCACCACCCCUAGACUUUCCUCGGAGCGCAAGGCAUCUGUUCUUGAUCGUUGGCCAGCGCGAGCAGCCUCCUCUCCAUCUCCUCCCCAAUCACCAACCUCCCCUGCAAUGCGACGGUCGAAAACCACAGAACAACCAACUCCUGCCACACCACCCGCACCUAGGCAAAUGACCAAGUCCCACAGUGACGAACCAGUACCCAAGUCGGAUGUCAUUGCAGAUAACCGUAUCGGAUCUGCCUCCACAUUAGUCGUAUUCCAACCAAAGAACUUUGGAGUUGAUGAACUUGGUUUCAAGCGGCAGGCUGAGCCGACAUCACGUUCAACUCUAGCUUCGACCCUAGCUGAAUCUGGGAAACCACUUUUACAUCCCACAAAGGAUCGUGCAAGGAAGCCGAAGAAAGCAACAACAAAGUCUGCAGAACAAUCCAUUGAAAGCACACCAUCCGCCUCGCUCAAUGUUGCUCCGUCGCCACCCGAGCAGCGUUCUCCAUCGCCUAGUUCGAUCUUAACUAACAGACCUCUGCCUUCAACAUCGGAGAAACCGUCUUGGUCCCAUGCCAUUAUUGCGCCAAAACCUGAACCCGAAUCCAAGCCCAUGCCAACUCCCGCCCCCAAUCAGAGUAGUGGGAUGGUUGGGCGAAGAGCUCUACCUGGAAUGGCCCAGGCUGGCACAGCGCCGUCAAUAUCACCCAAACCUUCACUUAAUUCUGCACCAGCUUUCACCGCUUCUCCACGUGCUUUGCCAGGCCUCGCUGGGAGUACAUCGAUUCCUGCCACCACUGCUAUCCAACGAGAAGCACAACCGGAAGCUGUACCAGAACCACCUGCAAUGCACACCAAAGCCUCCAGCUCUGGGCGGCCUUCGGCGAUGGACGUAGCGCAGGCUCUUGCGGAAGAAACUCGAACCCCUGCACCGCUCCAAACUUCUGUUGAGCCUGAACCUGUCCAACCUGAACCUGUUGCAACGCCGAGACCAAGAAAUAAUGUCUCUUCCACCGCGCAAGCAGAGAAACGGAGGUCAGCUUAUGAACGUUACUCCAUGGUGCUACCUCCUCUACAAGAAGAGGCCACUCCGGACCCGACCCCGCAUUCGACAUUGACCCGAGCGGUCGCAAAUGUGUUUGCUCCUAAUAUGGAUGUGCUUAAUGCCAAGUUGGAAGACCAUGCCCCGUCACCUGAGCCAGACGUCGUGCAUAUUGAGCAUAGUGACGAGCCUCUCCCUCGUGUCGAUAUAUCGCCUUUUGCGACAUAUACCGCCCCAACGCUCUCUGAUUCACAAACAAUACAGGUUGAUGUACUGUCCAUCUCAGGAAGCAGCGCAUUCCCCUUGGGCAACACUCAUAUCUUCCAUGAAACAGAGGUGCUUGCCAUCGUACAUCGAUCAAAAUCCGGCACAACAGGGUUAAUGAACUCGACUGUCUGGUCGUGGCAAGGGAAAUCCAGCAGUCUGGGUGAGAGCGAAGAAAUGAAGCUAACCGAGCUAGCCAAGCGUUACGGGACAACAAUUGAUCCUGUUCGCCAGCUAGCAGAGCCUGUGCAACUCGUUCAGUGUCUGGGUGGUCUGCUCGCAAUCCGACAGGGCAGUCGCGCUCACUGGGCCAAUGAGAACACUGCGAUGCAUGCCAUCCGGAAACUCCACGGCGUUGUCUACAUUGAUCAAGUUGAGCUUGAUGUCAAGAACGUUUGUAGUGGAUUCAGCUACUGUGUCUCAAUUCUUGACACAGUCUAUGUUUGGCAUGGACGUGGUUCACCUGUGGAAGAACGCGGCGCGGCUGUUGAAUAUGGAAAGACCUUGACCAACAACCCUGAAGCAGUCGUCAUUUUAACGGAGGGCGAGAACGACGACGAUGAAAUGUUCUGGAUGGCGCUUGGCGAGGAGGCGGAGUAUGCUAAUGCUGACUAUUGGAGAUGGCGACCUCAGAAUGAUUUCUCUCCGAGGAUAUGGAGUAUUGAUACCAACCGCAAGCAAACUGUCUUGCCUUUAACCACAUUCACUCAAGACUCCUCGCCUGAAUCUUCCAUAUUCGUCAUGGACUGCGUCUUCGAACUGUUUGUGUUCGUGCCUUCAUUGGCGAGAGGAAAGCGACAGGAUAUUCGUUUAGCUCUUUCCAUUGCGGCGGAUGCAUCCAAGCUGCUGGCUUCAUCCCGACCAUUCACACCAACUGUCCAUGUCGUGGUCCUGCCAUCGAAGAUACCUGUUGAUUUGAGAGUGCAAUUCCGCGACUUGGAAGAUGUUUUCUCGUCUGAUCAAUCGGUCGACCAUAUGGAAAUUCUGACCUUUGAAGAAGCAGCAACUCGGUUGCAAACUGACUCUUGGACCAAGGCCGAACUCGAGGGUGAUUUAUUGCCUCUAGGUCUUGAUAGGUCUCGUCUACCCCCUUCUAUGACCUAA